AUGCCUACCCCCGGUCUCCUUUACGUGACGAUGCAGCCCAAGGGCUCGCUGCCGGACACCCAGUUCCACGACUGGUACAACACCGAGCAUGGCCCUCUGCGACUGCGUCUGCCCUUCAUCAGUAACGGAUUUCGCUUCCGCGCGACCGACGGUGAGCAGCCCGAGUACGUCGCGCUGUACGAUAUCACCGACAUGGACGAGUUGACCCGCAAGACCUACCUGGACCUGCGAACGGAUCUGAUCAAGACUGAGCGCGAAAAGAAAACCAUGGCCCAGAUUGAUGUCGGCCGCUUGCUGUAUGACCUGGUGGCUGAACGAAGCUCCCCCGACUAUCGCCCGCUUGAAGAUCGAGCCGAUACCGAUGCCGAGACCCGCGGAAGCGUCAUGGUUGCCGUGACCACUACCACACACCCCGAUCCCGAGAAGCAGGCCGAGUAUGAACGCUGGUAUCGCGAGGAACACUUCGAGAUGCUCUCUCGCGUGCCUGGCUGGCGUCGUAGCCGUCUAUUCGUCACCGCUGCCAUUGACUCCGGCGCUCCGCGCGAGACCCUGGCCCUCCACGAAUAUGCCCCCGCCAACGGCCUAGGUGGGGAGGCCCAUCAGGCCGCUAUGAAAACUCCCUGGGCCGACCGCCUCAUGACCAAUGUGGUGGCCUCCAAGCGUCGCCGGGUUUACCAAUGGUACUACACCUUUGGUCCCGCGCCCCGCGAGCUUUCUUCCCUGGCCGCACCCGACGUCGUUGGGCCCUGGUCGUCAAAUGACGGCCUCGAGUCCUUUGUGACCACCAAGGAUGGCGUCGAGAUCCCGUACCGCUUGGAGGGAAGCACCGACCCCACCGCUCCCGUGGUGGUGCUCAGCAACUCAAUCUUAGUCGACUGGCACAUUUGGGACCGCUUUGUCGACUCUUUCCUCUCACGCAAGGAGAAUCAACGGUACCGUGUUGUGCGAUACUUGACUCGCGGCCGUCGCUCGGCAAGCGGUGAGCAGCCCGUCAGUGUGGACGUGCUAGCAUCCGACCUGGCCACUCUGCUCGAGGCACUUCGCGUGCCGCCCAAGGGCGCCCGCUUGAUCGGUGUUAGUCUGGGUGGUGUCACCGUUCUCAACACUUCUCUUCUGUUCCCCGAGCGCGUGGGAGCAUUCAUCGCUUGCGACACCAACUCGUCUGCCCCGGAAUCGAACCGCAAGGCCUGGGCUGAUCGUGUCGCUAUUUGUGAGCAGGAGGGCUCCGUGGACCCAGAGACUAAUGAGCCUAUUGUCGGCGAGCAGCUGGCUGAGGCGACUACGCGACGCUGGUUCGUCCCGGAGUCGUACGAGACCCAGCCCGACGUGCUAGCAACGGUCAAGGAGGCGGUGCGGACCAACAGCCUAAAGGGCUUCGCACACAGUGUACAGGCUCUCUGUGCCUACGACAUCCGUGACCGCAUGGCUAAUGCCACUGUGCCUGGCUUAUUCGUUGCCGGUGCAAAUGACGGCGUUCUGCCUCAGACCAUGCAGAAGAUGGCGGCCGAUUUGCGUGGUGGUGCCGAGCUGAAGAUCAUCGACAAGGCGGGCCACCUGCCUAUGGUGGAGCAGCCGGAAGCUUUUUGCAGAGGUUGUCACCGAGUUCCUGAGCAAAAUCGAUGGUUAGAAUACUUGUACGCUACGGAUCUUUAG